AAGCAUUUCUUGUGUGUUUUAAGCCUUUACAACAUCUUGUUACCUGAAACAUGACCCAUAUUUACCCUGUAACCCAGAGGUUAUGCUGUGACAGACAGAGAAACAAUAAAACACUAAAGAAACAAAGAGCCCACGUUUUAGCCUGAGAUUUGAAAAGAGACGACAACAUGGUGUAAUCCCUUUGGCUAGAGUUGCUGACAGGGGAUAACCCUUUAAAAUGGCCCCUCUCUCCUGUCCUGUCCCAUCCCCUGCCUCAUGCUCUGCGUUUGUCCCCCCAGCCUCUGUCUUUCUCCAUACAGCUGACUGACCGAAUGGACGGACUGUUACUAUGCUCCUAAAGACACCUGCUCUCCAAAACGCAAGAACCACCACCACCAGCAGCAGCACCAGCACCAGCAUCAGCACCUGAACCUCCACUAAAGUCCACCAAGCCUCUAAAGCACUGAUCAGUUUGACUUCUGCCUCACUGAACCACAGAAUCAGGACACAUUGAAAAAGGGAAGUACUAAGGCCAAACCAUCCACAGUUGAUCCACCACAGUGAGACUAAGAACCCCAUCAAGCGGUCAUAUCAUGAUUGAGAGUGACAGAGAGCUGUCGGCCAUGGUGCAGGAGCUGUGGGACAACGAUGUCAACAGACUUCAACCUGGAAAAGACUACAGGAUCUCUCUGCAGGGCAAAGCUGGAGACAGUAUGAGCAUCAAUGACAACAAUGACGGGGCAGGAUAUCCUCUGUUUACAUUUGUUGAUGAGAACAUCUUCAAAAAGGAGACUUUUUUAGCCUUUAUCUCCCUCCUGGAUAACUAUGAGAGUGACACUGGAGAACCAGAGAUUGUAACCCCUGAAGAGGAAGCAGAAAAUCACAAGUUCCUGGACUCCAUCAUUCAGACCCCUACUAUGAAGAUAGCCCAUAAAUAUCUGGUAGAGAAGAACCUCUCUCCUGAGGAUAAAACCCAGUUCAAGGAGCAGCUGUACAGGAUCUGGUUUGAACUUUACACUCGCAGAGGAUCCAGCAGACCAGACUCCUCAGGGUUCGAACAUGUGUUUGUUGGAGAGACGAGAGGAGGGCGGACCGUCAUUGGCUUUCACAACUGGAUCCAGCUUUACCUCCAGGAGAAGCUGGGACACAUUGACUACAAAGGCUACAGCGUCAAUGCUAAUUCACCUAAGCCUGAUGAGAACAAACACAUCCUGGCGCUACAGUUCAGCUGGAAGAACGGUAUAAAGCCCAAGGGCAGCAUCUUCAUCGGUGUCAGUCCUGAGUUUGAGUUCGCCCUCUACACUCUCUGUUUCCUCAACUCACCCAACGAGCGUGUCAAAGUCCAGUUCAGUUUCUACGAUGUGGAGAUUGUGUGCCACCACUAUAACCAAAAGCACAUAGGCACGACUUACCCUGUGCUCCUCAAGUACCAGAAAUGAUUUGAGAUUCUCCAACAUUGAGCCUACAUACAAAGUGUCACAGGUAUUGUUGAUGUCUUUUUACUUUAGAUAAAGAUACAAUAAAACCUUACAAGACCCUGA